AUGGCCACCGUGCUCGAGCUGGCGCUAGCCGCGUUCGCGCUGGCCCACCUCCCGCCCGGCAGCAAGGCCGGCGCUGCCAGCGCGGACGCGUACCACGAGCGCGAGCUGCGGCCGCCCGAGCAGCUCGACAUGUACCACGUUCCCGAACAGCUGGUGCUCGACGUGUCCACCGACGUCCUAGAAGUGUUCGCCGAUAAGAUCAAGCAAAAAGGACGUUUCACGAACUUGCGCCACCGAUAUAUGCGUUUGUUCGUAAAUGGCCGCGAAGUGGACGAACCUACGGCCCCUGGGAGGAUACCUAAAGACAAGAUGCGGAAAAUUUGGAUCACAGUGGUCAACUCCGAAAAAGCGCUGUUGGACAAGUGCGCGAACGAGAGUUUCAAGGGCGUGUGCGCUGUCGUACGCACCAACGUGGUAGGCAACGACAAGAGCGUCAACUACACCUGUUACCUGAACGGACACUUGUCGCCGCCCGUGAUGCGCACCAGAAGGGCCGGCUACGCGCUGCGAAUCGCACCCAUCGAAGGGGAGAUCUCGGAGUGCCAAAAUUUGAUCGAAUCUGUCCUCCUGGGAAACUACAUAACGGACGCGUUGCCGUCUGUGCAUGCUGCGUCCCAGAUGUUUCCUCUGCCUCGAUACCCGACGCCGCCUCCGAUGGACAACGUGAUCGCCAGCAUGUGUUUCCUCAUCACGUACAUGAUGCCCUUCAGCCGCUCGGUGUGGACCAUUGUCGAGGAGAACAGCUCGGGCAUGGCGUCGAUGCUUCGCUCGAUGGGAACGAGUGACAUGGUGUACUGGCUGGCGCACUUCGUCUCCACCUUCCUGCACGUCUCGUUCUACUCGCUGAUGGCGGUGUUCUUCAUGAUGUACAACACGUACCAGGUGACACCCGGUAGCUUCUCCUUCGAAGACUACCAGCACGUCCGGGACUACGCGCCAUACCUGAACGAGCACCUCGUGCGACGAGACCUGCUGGCCGCCCUGUUCACGUUGUUCGGCGUCCAGACGACGCUGCACGUCAUGCUGCUCUCUUGCGUCAACACGAGGCCGCUGCUGGCAAUGUUGCUGGCCGCUUUCUACUGGAUGGCAAUGUUCGCCAUGAGCAAGCCUUGGGUGACGCUGGAGGACUACCUCUUUGACGACCGCUACCCGAAGUACUUGGCGGCCAUGUUCCCCGUCAACAUGCUCUACACCAGCUUCUUCCACAUACGCUGGACCAUAUAUUCGGCUAAGAACUACUGGUUCCCCCACGUGGUGGAGGUGCUCGAGGUGGGGACGAUGACGCUGCCAGAACAGCAGCCAAGUACUUACUUUGAAGAGCUGCCCGAGGGCGUGACGAUCGUUGUGCGUACCCACGACCUCACCAAGGCGACGGUGUGCGACAUGGACGUGGUGCUAUCGAGGCACAUGAUUCGCACGGUGGCCUCGUUCUGUCCCAGGCAGGCUAUGUUCAGCAUCGACAUGACGGUCUGGGAGCACCUGCUGCUCUACGCUGUGCUCAAAGGGGUGCCGAUCAGGAACAUCCGAGCGAGGGCGAGGGAAGUGCUGUCCGAGACAGAGUUCAACGACAAGGUCGAGUCGUACCCACACCUUCUCUCCGCAGGCGCCCAGAAACGGCUGCAAUUGGCCAUCUCGCUGCUCAACAAGCCUCGGGUGUUGCUUCUAGACGAGCCCACGUACUCGUUGGACGAAGAGGCGCGCCGCGAAGUGUGGACUCUGCUGGAGGCUAUCCGCUCCAGCUGCGCCAUCGUGAUGACCAGCGCGAUGACCGAGGAAGCGGACCUGAUCGGCGACCGCGUGGCCAUCAUGUCGCACGGACGAGUACGCUGCUGCGGAACGCCCACGUUUCUCAAGAAAGCGCACGGAACCGGCUAUGAGAUACGCUUCCCAAAGACCAAGAACGUCUUGGACGCCCAGGACAAGCUUUUGGAGAUAGUCCAGCAGCGCACGGCGCGAGCACGGCUGUCGCAGACACCCCGCAAUGUGAUCAUCUCGCUGGGCACCCGAGAUACGCGUGGCUUCGCCGACAUGUUCAAGCGCAUCGAAGAGUUCUGCCAGGACCACGACAUCGAUGACAUCGGCGUCACCUUCACCACGCUCGAGGACGUCUUCAUUAAGAUGUCCACCGAGCCGGACAACGUAGAUCUGAACAUUGACACCGAUAUUGAAAUGAGUCACACGCAGGCGUUCUGCGACGAGCCGCUUCAGAGUCCUUCUUUCUGCGGCCAGAUGGCGGCGCUGCUGUUGAAGCGGCGCGCCAUGCUCGCCGUCGACCGCGCCGCUCCCUUCGCGGUGUACGUCCUGUUCGUCGUUAUGACGUUCGUCAUGGAGUACCUGCAGUCCGGACCGGGCUGGCUGGUCGACCUCUUCCCGGAACUGGUGUCGCCGCCGCGUGACACCUCUUUUCUGCGACAAUCGACGAACGCGGAUAGCGGCGUCGACAUCGACAUCGGCGACAUGUACCCGAGGACGGUGUCGUUCCUGCGGGGGUCGACGGAGCUGAGCACCCACUUCUACUUGCCGCUCGUCCGCGGCGUCACCGUCGUUCAGCCCAUCGAAACAGCGCCCGCGGAAGAGCUGGAUCGCUUGAGUCGCAAAGAUUUCUUCAGCUACUCCCAGAAGUGCGUCUUCGGAGCCGACUUCAGCGAUCCCAGCAGCCCGCAGGUGUGGUGGAACCCUUACGUGCCGUACAGCAGGAGCAUCGCCACGACGCUCAUGAACAGCGCUCUGCUCCGUUACUUCAGCGGGGACGCGGGCGCAGUGUUCCGAUUGCGUGUGCGGGCCUUCAGCAGGAGAGCGACGGGUGAACCGGAGGUGGAGAGCGGGGCUCACACGGUGGUUCGCGACACCUCGGGAUUCGUGGAGCGCGGACUGCGUUCGUUCAGCCCCUGGCGCAAGGUGCUCCUCCCGCCCAUCGUGGGUCUGGCCGGCGCCGCGUUCGUGGUGGCACCCGUGGCCGAGACGGCGUCGGGCUCCAAGCGGCUGCAGCUCAUGACGGGUGUGCCGGGCUUCGUGUACUGGCUCAGCCACUACCUGUUCGACGGCUGCCUCUACGCGAUCCUCUGGGUCUCGGCCGCUUUCCUCUUCGUCAUGAACAACAAAGUGCGCGCCGACACUGCUUUGGCCCUCUUCCUGCUGGUGCUGUUGGGCUUCCCGACGCUAACGGGCGUGUCCUACCUGACAUCUUUCUUUGCCAAGUCGGUCGGGAUCUGGUACAUACUGCUGUUCUGCGUGUACAUGGCUUUUGCUUUUCAGGCGAGCACGCUGAGCAUCAACUACGCGGUACUCCACUGGCUGUUCACGCUGCUUCCGCCGUACGCCUUCUCGUCGGGCGUGGUCAAACUGCUGCUCCUGGACGCGGACAACCACCUGUGCCACGAGUACGCGACCGCCACGGACGGCGUGCACGACCUGCUGAAGAUCGCCUGCGACGACACGCGCGCCGAACGCGCCACUCUCGAACUGGCGGCCAUCGACAUCUGCUGCCAGAACCGCGAUGUGAACAACGGGCCUCCGUACACGGUGAGCCCGUUCGACCUGUGCGAGCUGUGCGUCGGCGUCAACCUGCUCGUGCUGCUGAUCGAGGGAGUCGCCAUGUUUGUGGUCGUCUCCGUUCUCGACUCCGGAACCCUGUUCGUCAUCCGGAAUGUCUUGGCAGAAAGGCGCGUGCGCUCAGUGAACGAGGUGCUGGACGCGGACGUGGAGCACGAGGCGAGGGAGGCACCGAGGCUCGCCGCCGCGCCGGGUCUCGAGAACCGCGCCCUGGUGCUGUGCGACAUCUGGCGCUUCCCGGUGCUGAGCCGCGCGCCUCAGCUCAGAGGCGUCAACCUGUGCCUGGCGGAAGGCGAGUGCUUCGGCCUGCUCGGUGCUCGCCGGUCCGGCAAGACGCUGCUGCUCGAAGUGCUCGGAGCGCUCGCCGUGCGCACGUCGGGCGACGCCUACAGCCAGAAGUACGUGCUCUCGUCGUCUCCGAGGAAGUGGCAGUCGCAGAUCGGCUACUGUCCGGCGUCAGGCGGCCUGCUUUCCAGUCUGGCAGUGACUGACCAGCUAACGCUGUUUGCGCGGCUGCGAGGCGUUCCGCGGGAGCACCAGGAGACAUGCAUCAACGGCUUGAUCGGCGCCUGCAACCUGAACGACAAGAGGUUCGACUGUCCCAGGGACUUCGGCAUAUCGGACAAGCGCAAGCUGUCGUUGGCCAUUGCGCUGAUCGGGGCACCAAGCCUCGUCUUCCUGGACGAACCGCUCAAAGGCGUCGACACCGGCACCAGCCAGAGGCUAUUCGAUUUGCUCAGAUACGUGCGCACCAGGGCGAAGGCCACCACGAUCAUCUACGCCUCUGUCAGCAUGCAACAGCUGGAGUUCGCUUGCGACCGACUGGCCAUCAUGGUGGACGGUCAGCUGCAGUGCGUCGGCACCAUCGAACACUUGCGCGACAAGUUCGGUCAGGGCAUGGUCAUGAAGAUUCAGCUGGCCGCCUCCGAGAUUGAUCGCAACAUCGAGGUGCAGCCGGUCAUGACGGCCCUGUUCCCCGACAGCCGCCUGAUAUACUACCACCAGGGUCUUCUGAGCUUCGAGAUGACCGAGAAGCGUCCCUGGAGCGAGGUCUUCUCGAACGUGGAGCUGCUGAUGCAGGGAUUUCAGUGCGAGUACUUGCUCGUCUCGGGGGCCACGCUCGAAGAAGUCUACAUGGCCUUCGCAAAAUAG